CCCAUUGGAAAAGAAUUAACAAGACGACACCGUUCAAUGCACAGGCACAGGCAAAGGGCAUGGAGUACUGCUUCGUUCAAGUUUGCAUACGGUGAACGGUGAGCGGUGGCGGUUGGUUGGUCGUAGCGUCGGACUCGUUUUUAGUUUCAUGGAUUGAAACGUUCUUAAAGGUCAGCACGAGGAUUUAUUGGAUGCUCAAACUUUGAAAAACAGAGCUUGCUUUUGCACCCACUGCCUCGGAGGCACAUAACGUAUCGCAGUUGUUGGUCCUCACCGGCUGAGCACUGCCUAGUGCGGAAGCCAACUGCUUGUAUCUCAAAAGGAACUUUGAGGGGGAAGAAUAAUGUCCAGGUUCCGAGCACUAUGGCAAGCUUCCUUGAAUGCAACAAAGAAAGCUCUCACAUCAAAUCUUGACGAUCUGAUGCCUCCCAGUGAGAGAUACAUUUUCAAUUUCAAUUCGAAGGAAGAGCUAAAAAGGUGGCAUUUGUAUUCAGAUUCUGAAUAUGGAGGGUUAUCUUCAGCAUCUUUAGAGAUUGCAGAUGUUGGAAAUGGACUAAGUGGAGUUUUCUCUGGCAACCUUUCACUGGAUGUCGCCGAAGGUUCAAAAUGGAACAUCACUCGGAGUGGCUUUUGUGGAAUGCGGUCAAAGAAGUUUGCUGGCUUCAUUGAUUUGGAUUCAUAUGAUACAAUAGCACUUAAGCUGAGAGGAGAUGGAAGAUGCUAUAUAUCUACUAUCUAUACAGAGAAUUGGGUAAAUUCACCUGGACAACAGGAAGAUAAUUCAUGGCAAGCUUUUAUUUUUGUACCCAAAGACAACUGGUAUAUCAAAAAGAUUCCUCUUGCCCAUUAUCUACCAACAUGGAGAGGGAAUGUCAUAGAUGCCGAACUGGAAAUGAAUCCAUCACGUGUUGUCGGUAUGUCACUGUCCGUAAAUGCAGAAGGUGGAGUUCCCGGUGCUAGAUCUGGGCCUGGUGAUUUCAGAGUUGAAAUUGAUUGGAUUAAGGCCUUGAGAACACAGUGAUUUUAGUAUUAGAUUUCAGGGUCUGAGAAUCAGUUGUAUCAACACCUUUAUUUUUGUGUUAUGGUAACAUUGUAUUUUUUGCUUAAAGCCCAAAAUAAUAGCAUUCUUGGUGUUUACUACUUA